AUGAAGGCUUCUAGUAAAGCUAUUAAAUUAGUACUGGACCAUCUGAAGUCCACGGGAAGAGUUCUUGGCUCCGUAGAGUCAGGAAAUUCAGCAACAAUAAGUGAGAAAACGGCAUCUGUUAAUAAGCAGCAGCAGUUGCAGGAAAAGAAACCUUCUGUCCUACAAUAUAGAAGCUACAAUCCAUAUUUAGUUAAGGAGGAUUUCCUGUCAAUUCUGCCAGAAAAUUUGUAUAAAAAGAGGGGACAAUUUACAAAUGAGCUUGACUUUCAGUUGAUGAAAGUCAGGGACCCUAAAUACUUCCAGUUCAAGGAUCAGUAUUACUUGUUUUUUAAUGAUUAUAACUCGCUUACUGAGUAUAUCAAAUUAACAAAACACUCGCGAAUAAACAAGAUCAGGGUGAAAAUGACGCCAUUGGCGCAACCCUUGCCAACCCUGUUAACAAAAUUACAAAGAUAUUCAAAAAAUCUAUAUAACGCAUUCCGAUCAUCUGAGCAAUAUUUUGAGGGACUAAACGAAAAAGUCGAUGUUAGUGGAGAGUUCACUACCAAUCAGUUACGGAGUAUCCUUGAUUCGGUGGAAGAAAUAGAAAAUAAGUCCGUAUUAGUCUGGAAUAUACCCACUAAAUUACGGUCGCACGAUAUAUUGAAUUAUUUUUGGUUUUACAACAUAAGGUCUAGCUUCAAGAUAUACUGGGAUGAUGAAAUGAAAAGAAAUCUACGAUUUAUAUCUUUCGAAAACUCGCAUGACGCCUACCGCUUUAAAAGAAACUAUCAUGGAUUAUUGGCUAAAGAGCUAUUGACCCUGUCAGAAAAGGGAGAUGCAGCUGACUAUUCGCUCGAAAUGGACGAUUCCAAAAUAUUAAUUGAACAUCUUAGUGAAUGA